AUGCAUACCAGCAGCCUUGCACUCGCUUCUGGCCUCGUCGUAAGCGCCCUUGCAGCUCCUUCGCAGCCAAUUUCUCCCAGGGACACGGCCUGUGCUGCUUUCAACGGGACAUUCACUAUCGACAACUACAAGCUGUACCCAGAAAACCUCGACUGGGACCCUGUACACUGCAAACUCUAUAUCAGUGCCAACUUCAAUGCAUCAGUCCUUGUCUACGAUCCAUACACAUCGACCUACGACAUCCUAUCCUUUGAUGGGAUUACAGACGUUGACCCCUACCAUGUUUCUGGCAUUGACUACGAUGCCUCCACUGGCUCGAUCCUCAUCUCCGCCAACAGCGGCAACCCCUUCGUGACUUCUGGCUCCGACAUGACCGGCGCCAACAAGAUCAUCCGCUACGACACCAACACUAACUCUGUCGCCUAUACGGCUGACUUGGCUGACUUCACGGCUCAGCUCGCAUUGGGUAACACAACUGGCGGUGGCAUUCAGGACUUUGCCGAGGAUCCGUCCGGAAACGCUUACGUUCCUACCGUCUUUCACGUCCCAAGUAUCGCUAAGAUCACGAAAGAUGGCUCAAUCACAUCCUGGUAUACCGGGGAGCCGACCUCCACUUCUUCAUACAUCUAUCUCGGCAUCAUCUACCACGAGGCGACCAACAAGCUUAUUGUCACUGCGCCAUACCUCAGCACCUUCGUGUCUUUCGACGUAGGCUCUGACUCUCCGGCACCGACAAACAUCACCAUGAACGGGCGCCCUGCCGAUGGUUCCUACCCAGGGCUCGAGUGCGAUGGCCUGAUCAACCCCGCCCGCUACAACCGGGACGUCCUCCUGUGUAGCGAGAACGGGCUGCAGGCCAUAACACUGUGGGCCACAACCGACGACUUUGCGAGCGUCGAGUAUAUUGGCCAGGUCGUGGACAACUCGACGACUGAUAUCGCAACCUGGGGGAGUCCGACCGCGACGGUGGAAAUUGGAAACACCAUCUACAUCUCGAACGAGUACUUCCAUGACUUGAACGAGUUUGAUGUUGCCGGCAACAGGAGCAGCUUCUCAUUCGUAGAUGCUACAGCCCAAUUUGAUGCUGUUGUGACUGCCGCUGGUUUUACUAUUACCUCAUGUUAG